GUUAUAAAAGAUUGUAAAAGUAAAUUGAAGAGUAAGCUACGCAUCUCUCGAUUGGUCGGUUAGAACCUUUGCUCCUUACGUGGACAAGAUUCAAGUUCGGCUUCAGAACAAUUUGUUAGGUACUCUAAAAGAGACAUAGCUGUUAAAGAGAUGUGUUCCAGGCUUCAGAUGUGUGUAGUGUGUUUGACACUGCUUGCUGCGAUGGUCACAUUGACGCAGGGGCACUUGUGUAUACGGAACCCAGAGCAACGCUUAAGAACUGCCAACGAUACUUGGUUCAACUGCUACCAGAACACCAACCCCCCUUGUGGCAAAGACUUCCCUGACACGCCCACAGAAAACCCCAAAGUUAUCAAAUCUGGGAGUGAGUUUUCUGUCCAUCUUAACAUGCCCUUCACACAUUAUAAUAAGGAUUUCCCGGGUAAAUAUACCAUCAAGAUCAAGAAAAUAAACUCCACAUCCACAGAAGAUUUUACGUUGUUGGGACAGUGGCCCGAUGGCACACUGGAAGACAAGUAUCUGGUUGUGAAGUUUCCAUCAGAACCAGGGAAGUAUCUUUUACAGGCCAUCUACGCACCUCACGGAAGAACUUAUUACAGCUGUGCUGACGUCACACUGGACGAUACGGUGCAGGCGGAGGCUCUCAGCCCAAACGCUGAGUACCCACCAAAAGCCGAAAACGGAGCCGUCGGUACCCAUUAUUCAGUCGUGUCUCUUUUAUUUGUUUCGCUAUUGGUUCUACUCAAAGCUACUUUUUAAAUUGACGCCGCCCUAAAUGUACCAGUUGAAGAAAAUCUUCAUGGGAUUUUUUUAUCUUUUUAAUAAACCAAAACCUACUACAGUGUAGUGCUGGCAGUUUCAUAAUUUAAAACAAUUUAAAAGAAAACUUGGUAAAAGAGAGACUGAAGCUCUAAGACGAAUGAAAUAAAGUCAAAAAAUUGCAAAGGUCUUGGAAGAUUUCAUUUGAGAUUAAAACAAUUUUUAAUACUUUUA